CGAAUAUCCACGGAAAUCGCUCUUAAGGAAUCGGAGAAGCGUGCACCUUCGCAGGAGGAUCUAGAAUUGGCACGCCGAUUAUCAAGAUCCAUCAACAUUUCCUCCAAAGACCCUGGGCCGUCUCAAAAUCUUUUUCGUUCAGGGACUACGACUGAGACAGGAUCGUCGAUUAGCAGGCCCGCAGCCGGCGCAGCUAUAGCUGUCACACAGCAAGGGGCGGAAUUAGCGGAAUGUUGGGUUCGUGGCGAUCGCUCUCUUCGGCGCAGCGAUGUGCUUGAGGUAUUUGUGCCGUCGAGCGGACGCGCACGUAUAUCGCGCGAAGAGGUGGCAAAGCGUGGGGGAGCCGGUCUGCAGACGGAUGCACGCCCGAGUAAUAUGCGGAGGCCGUUGUGUCCAAGUGCAGACUUUUACACCAGCGGACACGCUGGCCUCUCUCUUGAGCCUGUUGCCACACAGAACGGCGAGGAAAGUGGAGUAAGACCACUGCGGCAAAGUAGCAACACGUUCGCGUCGCGAAAACGGUCACUGUCACCGGCCGAAGAGGCUGCGUGCAUACCAGUGGCUGGCCGACUUUCGGAUGUGCACAACAAUAUAGGGACAGAGCACCCACGAAGCUCGAUUUCUCCUCGUCAUCAAGCGCUUUUGCAGACUGGAGAAAAUUGGUUCAAUGGAAACUACGGUGAGUUUACAAACGGGGGACUCACAAGUACUUUUUGCUAGCGAUGAGUUUUAAUUCUCCAAUUUGUUCUAUCACUUUAUCGACAAUUCACGAUGUGUGAUUUGAAUCUAUCAAUCUUAACAUAUCUAUGUAUCACUCUGUUUCAUUUUUCCUAUGUACAAACUCGUUCAGGCGCCACUGUCGGAGACCACCACCACGGGAUCCACCGCGACAUUUCUCCCUUACUGCUGAAGCGCGAUCCUAAUGCUGUCGGGGCCAGGCUGAGCGGCAUUGCGCCUCCCAUGCACGUGCGAGGCACAACCACCUCAAGAAGUGGGAGCAAGCACAGCGGCUAUGCGGGUGCUGCUUCCCGCUCGUUGCAAGAGCGCACUGCGGGAGGAGAAGGGUGGGGCAUGCAGAGCGUUUCUCCAUCGCGAAUGUCGCAUGCAAGACGCGCAGAGAGACGCGACGUCGAACUCAACAUUGCAGGGGCUGCACGGGCUCGAAUUUUUGGCGAAUAUGAUCAAGCUGUAUUAGAAGCAGGAGAUGCUCGAGAAAGUGGACGAGGACGUCAAGAAGAUACACCCGUUUCAGCUGAUCUUUCUUCCUCCUUCGCCUUCACAACAACGUCUUCUGGUAAUCCUAACAAUGUGCCUGGGGUUUAUCAAGGACCUACGACAAUUACGCGGUCUCCUUCGCGACUACGUCAACGAGUCUCCUCGAAAAUUGGCACGCAAUCAGCAGUUCCACAAGAAAAUGUAGGAGAAAUUCAGCCAGCGGGAAGCCCUUCCCCACAACUUGCACGGAUGCACCGACUUUUUUGAUCAUUAUGUGCGCACGCAAGUAGUUUAUAACAUCAAUUACUUCUUUGUAUAAUUCAACACUGUCGCACUCUUCAUAUUGGAACAAGACCGAAUAGAAUCCGGAUGAUUCGCCAUAUUGAAUAUUUCAUCGUCUGUUGAUUCAUCCUUUAGAUUUUCCAACCCGUAAUACUUCGCUUGAUAAGACUGGUCUCUGGUGCAUAGAAACUCGAAAACUUGUCGAGGCUUUUGGAGGCAGAGUAUAUUUCAAAAGUCAUCAGACACCUAAUCCUACUCCUAGAAUCUGAUAAGCCUAAAAUGUACUCAAAUUUAUUUUCUUGUUCUAGACUCCAACUCUUUGCAACUCGAGGUUGAGACGAUAAGAACUACCGAUGUGUAGUAUCCCUUGUUACACAACGCUGAUAACGAAGGAUUGCGAGAAGGACUUAUCCAUUACAUUCGUUGGC